UAUUUAUAGCACAACAGCCUUCUUGUUGCAUCAUUUCUCCAUCUCCACUUCUCUUUUGCUUGUUCUAAGGUCCUAUUUCGCAUGGAGGAUCAGUUUUCCAAGAUUGGGAGCUACCUGCAGAAGGAAUUGCCAUCUUAUCUUCAGGGAAUUUCAACGGAAACACAGUUGUUUUUCAGUCCAAUUAUGUGUGAUGCGCUUGCAGUGAUAGCUUGUCGUGAAGGUGMUGAUGAUGGAGCAGGAGGAACUUCUUCUUCGUCAUCAAAUCAGAUCUUCUCAAGCCCCGAGUCUAGUUCCUCGGUGGAUGAGACUACAGCUACCACUUUGGACGGUAAUGUUGCAGAAUUCGCCACACAUCAAUCCUCUCUAUUUUCUUGUGUUAGUUCUGCAGCAAAUUGUGUGAGCCCAAAUGGAUUUCCUGAGGUCRAUGCAAGAUUCACACCUCUAAAUUUUAUAGAAUCAAUCCCUCAGUUAAGCCAAACCCAAGCCUCUCCAGUACCUUCACCUUCAUCUUCAUCCCCCCCAGCUUCCAACCUCCUCAACUUAAAUCUGUUUUUGCAGGAACCUACUAUACAGACCACACAGACCAACCAGACACUUGACAAGGACCAGAGAUGUGACCCCAUGUUGUCAUCCCUGAAUCAAUUCUUCCCAGCUUUUCAACAUCACCAAAUUCAGAUUCAACCAGAACAUGAUUGUCUCAGGAUCAAUCAUAAGCUCGAAAAUAUUGCUUCAAAGAGCGGUGGUGACUGUUGGCUUGGUGCAACCAAGACACAAUCGAUGAAGCAAACUGGAAGAAGAGUGCAAGAUCAUCAUCGUCAGAAGGCUUUGCCAUCUUCCCCAGGGAAGCUGUACAGAGGGGUGAGGCAAAGGCAUUGGGGGAAGUGGGUUGCAGAGAUCAGGUUACCAAGGAACAGAACAAGGGUGUGGUUGGGAACCUUCGACACAGCCGAAGAAGCUGCUUUUGCAUAUGAUACAGCUGCUUACAAGCUAAGAGGGGAAUAUGCUUAUUUGAAUUUCCCGGAUCUCAAACACCAGCUCAAGAUAAGUUCUUUGAGUGGAAGCACUGCUGCUCUUCUGGAAGCAAAGCUACAAGCUUUCUGUGACGGCUUUCAACCUUCAAUGAAACCAACCGACACACCAUCACCACCAUCAUCAACUACACUCAUAUCUGAGAAUACCAGUACCCUUUGUAGUUUGGAGCAAAAGCCAUCAAGAAAAGAUGGUAAUUCAUUUGAUUUGCAGAAAAGAGGCGUUUCUGAAGUUGUUGAGAGUAAGAAAGCUCAGGGCUUACCAUCUGAUGUGGAUGCUGUUCCAUUAAGUAGAAUGCCCUCCUUGGACAUGGACAUGAUCUGGGAUGCCCUUCCAGUUUCUGAUUUAUGAGAAACAACCCCUCCAUUCUCAAAACUCAAGAGUACCCGAGGAACGAAUGUUGAUUGUGUUGAUAAUUGUACACCCAACAAAGAUGAAGAAGUGAGGUAGAUCUUUAAGUGGUUGUGUUUAUAUUUUUCUUCUAGGUCAAUCCCUACUGACAUUUAGUUUUCCAUCCUUCAUUAUUAUUGGCUGGCCUGAAUCCAGAUUGAGGAUCUCUGUAAUUCUCAUCCACUAUGACCUUUGUAUUGAUGGUGGCUUUGUUUGAA